UCCUGCCACAACAGGCUCUUGUUCCCGUUCAUACUGUCAGAUGUGAAACUGAACUUCUGACAGCUGGAGGCGGACAGCCAGCACAAAGUCGCAGGAAUGUAAGCUCCGGGUCUACAGGCUGCUCCGCAAGGAAAUGGACGAGAUAAGUCCCUUGUUGGGCAACCAGAUUUCUGGGCAACCACAGGAGGGCCCAGACCUUCUGUCUCCAAACCUGAGGCCAAGACACCAGGAACUGAUCCCGACACCAUGUGGACCGAUAAAGCCCUGGUCGGAGCUGUCAUGGCACCUCAAGCUCUACUUCUGCUUCACCAUAGCGUCUCUGCUGGCACUGCUCAGCCUCACCCUGUACAGCAUCUACAAGCAGCACAAGGACACUGGUGUGUCUGAUGAGGACAACUUCACUGUGUCUCUCAUCCAGCUGGUUGGAAUACUGUUUUGCAUCUACUACAUCGUCCGAGGCGUGUUGCAGGAGAACAAACAGGAGCUGGUUGUGUUUGGGCUCAGCGUGUUGGUGGUGAUGGUUCGAUCGGUGGUCAACUUCUCCGUGCAGGGGUCAGAGGGCAAGCAGGAGCUGCUGGUUCGUUUUGUGUGCAUCAUGUGUCUGGGCGUGAUCCACGUCUUCUGCACCAUGCUGCUCAUCCGGAGGCCCAACAUGAUGGCGUUCCGUGUGGGCGGGGCCUUGGAGAGCCUUCAGGAGCAAUACUUCCUGCUCAACCUGUGCUUCUCUAUGGUGACCCUUGACCUUCAGGCUCAGUUGUGCCUGUGUAUCCUGAUCAUGACGUGGAAAUCGGCCUCGUCUGCUACCCACAGCAUCAUCCUGGGUGUCGGGGUGGUGUGGGCCUGCCUGACCGCUGCUGUCGGGGCUGUUGCAGUUUUAAAGGAAGUCAAGGUCUUAGUUUGGGUCUUCAUGGUGCAAAAUCUUCCUCAACUAGCCUACUUUGUUUAUCUGAUUUACACGAUGGCAGUGAAAUGGUUCGAGGACACGUCAUACACCCUGGAGGCCGCCGCCGUCACCGGAGCUUUUAUUUCACUGGUGAUUAAAGUGGUUUUAUUCUGGGGCCUCAUCAGACUGGUGCACAGCUUCGGCCAAGGCCUGAGGGAGAGGAUGUUUGCACCCAGCAAGUAAUAAAACAUCUGGUGGUCAUGGACCAAGGACACAGCUGCAUGCUGCGGACACAACAGUUUGAGCAGUGUGUUGCUGACCAGGGAGCUCAUAUUUUUAUUCAGCAUCUGCUCCACCAAAAUGAUCAGUCAGCUGACAUCUUCUUUUUCUUUCUACCUUAAUGUGCUGUUACUGUAUACAUUUUAUUUUGUUUUAGCUAACUCUUCAUCAGGGUGCCUUUCUACAGGAUGUAAAGCAUCACAGCUGAACCUACAUCACAUGCCUUCGUAGAUAGGAUUCAUAAUGGUUUUUAAUUUUUUGUUUUUACUGUAAUAUGUAUUAUGCAAAUCAAAUUUAAUGUUGACUGACUUAAGUUUGCUUUUUUGAAAUCAUACUUAUCUAACUUAAAUUGUGAUCUGCAUUAUCUAGACUCUGAGCGACACUGGAAUAUUUUUACUAAACUUUCUGCGGCACCUGACUGCACUGAUCUAAGUGUUUUUUUGUUUUGUUUUUUAUUCAGUGUUCUUAAUAAAAUAUCAAAACAAGGCUGA